AACCCACAACAACAAAUACGUCAUGGCCGCCAUGUUUCUGAAUCACAUGCUGAACCACGGAGGAAAAAAAGGUCCUCCGUGUGCUGAACUAUUUCAGAAAAUCGCAGCCUCGCUUAGAAAUAAGAAGUCCCAUCGUCAUCAUCGCAAUCAGCGCCACCGUUCGUUCAUUUUUCUAACUACAGGAAUAUUUUGCAGGUGAGCUGAUUGCAGCCGACGAUGGCCACUCCUACACCCAAAUCGCGGCAAUCGAAAACCUCAGAUCGAUCACAGGAAAGCCAUGGAAGUUCCGCCUUAAGUCACCGACACGAUAAAACUGCGUCAGAAGGCUCGAAAUCAUCGAAGGAACCAGCUGUCGAAACCGCGAUUCAGCGACACUCGAAAACGGUAUCGGAAAACUCGAAAUCACUGCAGUCCGCAGUAGUCGAUAUCGCGUCGUCUUCAAAACAAACGCAACUAACUACCGCCACCGAAAGUAGGCAAGUGGUGUCCAAAUCGUCCGCAGGCGGCAUUUCGGAAAACUCUGCGCCCGAACAUCCCGUAGAAAAACCAGAACCGGCACCGCGCGAGGGAAAAGAGAGCUCGAAAUCGUCGCAUGGCACGGCUGUCGAUAUGGAGUCGUCUUCAAAACGAUCGCAACCAGCGCCGAUCGACACAGCCGCCGCCGAAAGUAAGCUCUUGGGGUCCAAAUCGCCCGCAGACCGCAUUUCAGAAAAAUCUGCGCGUCAACAGCCCGAAGAAAAACCAGAACCGGCACCGCGCGAGAAGCACCGUCAAGAUCAGACUCCACCAAAGUCGUCAAAUGCGGCUGAACGUAACACGAAAGAGAACCAAGCAGCAUCCCAAUCGGCGACACCGAUGACGUCUGGGCGAUCCGGCAGCGAAAAGGAAACGCCAACCGCUGCCCCGCGCAGCCAAUCGCGGCGGGACUCUCCGGAGAAACGACCGAGCUCGGCGUUAAUCGAAGGAGCUGCCGACACGGACCUACAGCCUUUGUGGGCGCAGUCGGAAGGUGAAGUGGUUCCCGCGUGGCACAGUUUCUCCGCCGGAAAGUCACCGCCGCGAGAUUUGAUGUCGCGAGAACGGCGCUCCGAUACGGACAAGGGCCCGUUCUCCACGACACCCAGCGAACUCUCGCUGGGACCCGAAAACGAGGGCUUCGCAGAGGACGACAAGGCAGUGUCCUCAAAGCCGCGCGCGUCCGCAUCGUCCACGACCGCAAGGCGGCCAGACGCGCUAGAGUCGUCUGCUGGUGAACCUCCGACACAACUUCCAGCUGAGCCUACAACUGAACCUCCACUUCAGCCUACAGCUGGAGCUUCAGCUGAGCCUACGACCGAAUCUCCAGUUGGGCCACCGACCGAGCCUUCAGGCAAAGAAGAAUGUGAGGAGGCACAGGGCAAGGAGCCGCAAGACGAACAGCCGGUGAGAAUACCAUGGUGGAAGCGGUCAAUGGCGACAUCAAAGCAGCGUUCAGCAGAUGCUCAAAUAAAAAAAGAGACUGUGGCUCCACUGCUGCGGCCCCUCAGUGCAAAGUAUAAAGACAGCUUUGCUUACGAAACAGUGCGUGACAGGCUGCCGGUCAUCUUGACGAAAGUCAUUGACACCGUUUUCAGGGACCGGAUGGAGAUAGAGAGAGUGUUGGGCCCCGAGGCACGCGAGGAGACCAAACAGAUUGUGGGACGCCUCGCCAGGCUGCGCAACGAAAUGGUUACCAACAAACCCAUGACACCCGUAGAAGACGACUUUGAGGAUGCAGAAAUAUGGAACAACGUGCUGAAGGAGUACACGUCAAAAAAUGGUCGUGAACCCCACUGGUAUGAAGCCCCCUGGCUCUACAUUGAGACCUAUUUCUAUCGGCGCAUCUUCGAAGCAUUCCGGCUCACAGCCAAGCUGAGAGACUACGACCCCUUCAGUAAGCUCAAGCAGGACGCUCUUUACGGCUCAUUCAAUGCAGUGCGUGCCCUGUGCGACAUUUUGCGUUGGAAUACUCCUCGAGAUGCCACUUUAGAGACCCUCCAGCAAACCACGUACAGGCUCGUCGAGCUGUCACUUUGGGGUAAUCGGUGCGACCUUUCACUGUCUUCUGGUACAGACACUUCAACACAAGCAGGCUCGCUGCAGCUGACUGAAAGACUUCGACCGUACAUCAUUUGUAGUCACACCGACAGGUUAAUGCACUACUUAUGCAGGCUCCGAGAACGCAACUUUGAUGGAGAGGUUGUUCACUUGCAUUGCGUGCUGGACAAUUCAGGCUAUGAGCUGGCUACUGACUUGGUUCUCCUGGACUUCCUUCACGAGACCCAAUACGUGAACAGAGUGACAAUCCAUGUUAAGGCAAUCCCUUGGUUUGUGUCCGAUGUGACGUGGCGGGACCUGUUCUGGACACUGCGCGAGAUGGAAGACAGUGACCACACCGCAACACAGGCGCUGAGCCAACGGUGCCAGCAUCGAAUCAUGCAAGGAGUGUGGUACGUAAUGGACGACAUUUUUUGGACACAGUCAUUCGACUAUGCCGAGAUGGCAACGAGACGGCCCGACCUUUACAACCUGUUGCAGUCAGCCGAUUUACUACUCUUCAAAGGAGAUCUCAACUACAGAAAACUUGUUGGUGACCUUAAUUGGAACCCCACUGUUCCCUUCAAGCAAGCACUGCGAGGCUUUGAGCCAACGUUCGUGUGUGCCUUGCGCACGCUAAAAGCAGACACUGUGGUGGGCAUAGACCCAGUGAUUCUCGAUAAAGUGGCACAGAGGUCGUCUAAUUGGAUGGUGACUGGCGAGUACGCUGUGAUUCAGUGCGCCGGAGAAGAGCAUGUGAAAGGGCCUAGCUUGGCUUCCACACCGGAGAGUGUCAGUAGCCCUAAAAUAUCUGGCACUUCUACACCAGUGCAUGAAUCGACAAAUUCUGAUUCGUUGAUGCACACUACUGCGUCAAUCCACAAAAAGAAAAGCUCCGACAUGCAUCAAGAAGCAAGAAAACCCUCAGGCACUGCCGCUGAACAAGUGAAUGAAAGUGCGCUAAAUGAGUCAGCAGCUAGUGCCACAGAGCCUAGCGCAACAGCAGUCAGCAAAACCACGAUUGGCACUACAGCUGCUGCUUCGAGCAGUACCAUUCAUGAAGUGCCACAACGGAGUAGCCACAGUUCUGGGCCUGAUGACACAAAGAAGCACAGUGGCAACAGUUCACGCUCUGCAGCCAAGGAUGCACCACUGCAUAAGUCAGAAUGAGUCAUGUGUAUUACGGACACUUAUUGAUCGAAUUUUUACUCGUACUGGCAGGUGUUUGAUAACUGCCCCAUCACGACGUUUGAUGUAAAUAAUGUUGCCUCUCUAAGGGACAUGUAUGAUUAAGCAUUGCAAUUGAUUUAUGUGACGUACUACGUAUGAUCAAGCAUUAAGACUAGUUCAAUAAAUUUACGUUACGUAUUGA